UUUUUUGAGACAGAGUCUCUCUCUGUUGCCCAGGCUGGAGUGGCACCAUCUCAGCUCACCACAACCUACCUCCCAGGUUCAAGCAAUUCUCCUGCCAUAGCCUCCCAAGUAGCUGGGCCUACAGAUAUGUGCCACCAAGCCAGGUUAAUUUUUGUAUUUUUAGUAGAAGCGGCGUUUCACUAUGUUGACCAGGCUGGUCUCGAACUUGUGACCUCAUGAUCCGCCUGCCUCAUCCUCCCAGGGUGCUGGGAUUACAGGCGUGAACCACCAUGCUCGGCCUAGUGGCAGGGCUUCUAAUGUGCAAAAGUGCCUAGGGUUUCCUGGGCUCAGAUUGGCCUGGGGCCUGGAGAGAGGACUUGUUCAGGAACAGCCAGCCCCACUGAAAGGUUCUGGAGGGAAGGUGGAAUUCAGAGUUAAGGUCACAGGAGCCUGGGCAAAGUCCCCAAAAACAGUGCCCCAAAAAAUGGAUGCUGAGAAAAGCUCUUCUCAGAGAAAGAGACUUCUCCACUGACUUCCCGCCAGGGCAGGACACGGUGGAGCAAGACCAGGACAUGGACCAGGACAUGGACCAAGACCUGGGCAGUGGGGAGAGGGAGCGGGGCUGGGGUCCAGCCUCCAGGCCUCCCGAAUGCCGCCAGGGCCUCGGGGCCUGGGAAUGCCAGAGCUGGGUGUCGGGGAACAGGGAAAGGCAGGAGAAAGCCAGGAAGGCUGUGGCCUUUCCUGGAGGAAGAGGUGAAAGUGUCAAAUGGGAGAGCGGAAGAGCUGGGGAGGAGGGGCAAGCUAGGGAGCAGGGCUGGAAACUUGACAUUGGGGCAACACACAAGAUCCGGUGGCGCCUGUGGCCUUUCCCUUUGCUGAGAUAACAGAAAUUCUGGGAGAGGCAAGGGCUAGUUUGCUGGAGAAGCCCCAUCUGAAGCUAGGCCAGGAGGAGGGCCAGGCUGGGAGGAUCUCUAGCCAGACGUCCCAUGCAGAGGGCAAGAGGACACACGGUGCUGCACCCUGCACAAGGGUCACACACCCUCUCACCCCAGGCUGUGAUGAAUGAGACAGUCACCUUGGCAGGGCUCCCAUGCUCCUCUGGGAGGGCCGAGGAUUGAAGACCAAGAAGGAGGCAGUUCAGGGUGGAGCCGGCUUAGGUGCUGCUUUAAAACUCCUGGGCCUGCGGGAAGUAGUGAGGCGCUGGGCUUGGCAGGAAGAGGGGGUUUCAUAUUUCUGGUAGAUUUCCAAGUUCCUCCGGAUCUUCCCAGGACCUGGGGUGAAAGGGAGGGAGGCUGUGGAACAGCAGCUCUGGGAUGCAUGCCUUCACUGAGGUGGAGGCUGCUCCGGGUAGCUAGCGCUUGCUGCAGCCUAGAGCCCCCAGGCAAUGAGGUCUGAGGGGGUGCAGGGGGCCAGGGCACAGGAGGCAGGACUCGAGGGGGUUGAAAAAGGGGUCCAGGCCGGGCGCGGUGGCUCAAGCCUGUAAUCCCAGCACUUUGGGAGGCCGAGGCGGGUGGAUCACGAGGUCAAGAGAUCGAGACCAUCCUGGUCAAUUUGGUGAAACCCCGUCUCUACUAAAAAUGCAAAAAAUUAGCUGGGCAUGGUGGCGCGUGCCUGUAAUCCCAGCUACUCAGGAGGCUGAGGCAGGAGAAUUGCUUGAACCCAGGAGGCGGAGGUUGCGGUGAGCCGAGAUCGCGCCAUUGCACUCCAAGCCUGGGUAAAAAGAGCGAAACUCCGUCUCAAAAAAAAAAAAAAAAAAAGAAAAAGGGGUCCAAACUUGGGAGGGGACCUUGGGCCUUGGAGGCCAGGUGAUGGCAGCUUCUGUGAUGAGCGUGGCCUGGCUGGUAUUCAACGAAGAUAGGACCAGCUGCACCUUGCCAAGCCAAAGAUGCAGCGGUCAUAGUGGCAGUGAGGCCGUGGCAGCAUCAGCAGCAGAGGAUGUCCCAGGCCCUGGAGCAUGCAGAUGGCAGCUGGGCCUGGGUGGUGCUGCUGGCCACCAUGGUGAGCCAGGGCCUCACCCUGGGCUUCCCCACAUGUAUUGGCAUCUUCUUCACUGAACUGCAAUGGGAGUUCCAGGCCAGCAACAGCGAGACCUCUUGGUUCCCCUCCAUCCUCACGGCUGUGGUCCACAUGGCAGGGCCCUUGUGCAGCAUCCUGGUGGUACGCUUCGGCUGCCGAGUGACUGCGAUGCUGGGAGGCGUGCUGGCCAGCCUGGGCAUGGUGGCUGGCUCCUUCUCCCGAAGCCUCAGCCAGCUCUACUUCACAUCAGGAUUCAUCACAGGCCUGGGCAUGUGCUUCAGCUUCCAAUCAAGCAUCACGGUGCUGGGCUUCUACUUUGUCCGCCGGCGGGUGCUGGCCAACGCACUGGCCUCUAUGGGCGUCUCCCUGGGCAUCACGCUCUGGCCGCUGCUCUCCCGCUACCUCCUGGAGGAUCUGGGCUGGAGGGGUGCCUUCCUUGUCUUUGGUGGGGUCUUUCUCCACUGCUGCAUCUGUGGGGCCGUCAUGAGGCCUGUGGCCACCAGCGUGGCCCCUGAGACCAAAGAAUGUCCCCCGCCACCUCCCAAGACACCUGUGCUCGGCUGCCUGGCUGCCUGUGGCCAGACCAUCCAGCGCCACCUGGCCUUCGACAUCCUGCGGCACAACACAGGCUAUCGCGUGUACACCCUGGGUGUGAUGUGGUCACUCCUGGGCUUCCCACUGCCACAUGUCUUCCUGGUGCCAUAUGCCAUGCGGCACAGAGUGGACGAGCAGCAGGCAGCCCUCCUCAUCUCCAUCAUCGGCUUCAGCAACAUCUUCCUGCGGCCCCUAGCCGGGCUGGUGGCAGGACGGCGGGCCUUUGCCAGCCAUCGCAAGUACCUGUUCAGCCUGGCGGUCCUGCUCAACGGGCUCACUAAUCUGGUGUGCGCGGCAUCAGCCAACUUCUGGGUGCUUGUGGGCUACUGCCUGGUGUACAGCGUGUCCAUGAGUGGCAUCGGCGCCCUCGUCUUCCAGGUCCUCAUGGACAUCGUCCCUAUGGAUCGCUUCCCCAGCGCCCUGGGACUCUUCACUGUCCUGGAUGGUCUUGCUUUCCUCAUCUCCCCGCCACUGGCCGGGCUCCUGCUGGACAGCACCAACAACUUCAGCUAUGUUUUCUACAUGUCCAGCUUCUUCCUCAUCUCAGCUGCCCUCUUCAUGGGCAGUAGCUUCUAUUCCCUGCAGAAGAAGGAGCAGCAAGGCAAGCAGGCUGUCGCGACGGAUGCCUUGGAGCAGGAUCUUUUCUUGGAAGGCAAAGAUGGUUCUGGGAAGCAACGGUGCCCUGAGAUCAUGUAUGUGACCAGCGUCUAAGACCCAGGGGUCACCUAUGUGACCAGUGUCUGAGUCCUGAGGUUACUGAGUGAACAGUCUCAGCCCAGGAGGGGGACCUCCAGCUCCCUGACCAGGGGCUCUGGUGAAGAGCAGCCCAGGAAGCUCGGGUUGUCAAGGCUCUGCAAGCUGGUGCUCUACCAGGAGCUGGAACCUUGGAGCCUGGCCUCUGAAGAUGCCCUGAGGAACCAUUUUCUUUUUUUCUUUUUUUGAGAUGGAGUCUUGUUCUGUCACCCAGGCUGGAGUGCAGUGGUGCAAUCUCAGCUCACUACAACCUCCACCUCCUGGGUUCAAGCAAUUCGCCUACCUCAGCCUCCCGAGUAGCUGGGAUUAUAGGCACAUGCCACCACGCCUGGCCAAUUUUGUAUUUUUAGUACAGAUGGGUUUUCUCCAUGUUGGUCAGGCUGGUCUCGAACUCCUGACCUCAUGAUCCGCCUGCCUUGGCCUCCCAAAGUGCUGGGAUUACAGGCGUGAGCCACUGCGCCCGGCCUAGAGGAACCCUUUUCUAAUAACUAGCAGAAUACAGGAGCAGGCCCUCCCGACUUUUUUCCUUGGGCAUCAGAGUACUCAGGGCCCAGGAAGCCACAUCUGAGCCCUGCUCAGGUCUGUUCUGGCUGGCUCAGCACAGCUGGCUAUGUGUUGCUGCUCCUACAACUCAACGCACUUGACCUUCACGUCCAGCCUAGAUGCCUCCAUCAUUUCCCUUUGACUUUCUCCGGCCUCCAAACAGUUCUGAAGAGCUCACCUUCCUCCAGGCUCCUCCUGCCCUGCUCUUUCCAAGUGACUCAGCCCUCACCUGUAGGGCAGCCAAGGCUGGUGGUGCAGCUGCCCCCACGAAGGUCACUGGGCCUCGCACCAACGGUGAGAGGCAGUGCAGAGGGCCAGGCUGAGGAGUUGGUGGCUGGCUGGAUAGGGACAGAUUAAAGGUUUGAGUGGCGUGCCCAUCCUGGCGCCUGUGCAGAAAACAGGAGGGGGGCCCCUGGCUUGGAUCCUACAAUCGGGGAAGUCUGAGGGCCCCCCCUGCAGUCUCAGCAGGACCUACUCUAUCUAGGGACUUCCUCCUUCCUUUCCCCACCCUGUCUCCUUGGCAGGGAGGAUUAUUGCUGGGUGGGGGAAGCCAGACAUUUGACCAGGGGAGAGGAGGGCUUGCCAGGCAGCCCGAAGACUGCUGUGAAAAUGGAACUGCUUCUGCAAGAGAAGUUCUUCUUCUCCCCAUUCCUGUCCUCUGGAGACCCCCCUUCCCCCUGCUGUGUUAGAGGUGUCGACCCUGGGGUAAGUAGCUGGCUGAUCCAGCUGCCAGUUCACCCCUGCUACCUGUAUACCUGUGCCUGUGACAUGGAGAUCCAAGCUCCCCACAAACACAUUUUGCUGGUGCCUUUCCCUGAGAUCAUCAUCCAGGGGCUAGCUGUCGUCAGCCCACUCUUGUCCCAGCAGGGUACCGAGAGAAUGAGAAAACAGAAUGUGUUUGAAUUAUACACAAAAAUGUUCCCUGCAGCAGGUCAUAAACUCUGUGAACUAAUAAAACUGGAAAACAGGGCUGGA